AUGCAGACUGCUUCUAAAAACAUUUGUGAAAGAAUGGGUCGCUAUCAUGAGCUGAAUGAAUUCAAUUGGUACCGUGAUAGGUUGCCACCUGUGCAAUAAGUCCAUCCGUGACAUUUCCUUGCUAAUAAAUAUUCAUCGGUCAACUGUUAGUGGUAUUAUAAGAAAGUGGAAGCAACUGGGAACAACAGCAACUCAGCCACAAAGUGAGUGGGGUCAGCGCAUGCUGAAGCACACAGUGCGCAGAAGUCGCCAAUUGUCUGCAGAGUCAAUAGCUAAAGACCUCCAAACUUUGUGUAGCCUUCAGAUUAGCACAACAACAACAGUGCAUAGAGAGCUUCAUGGAAUGGGGUUCCAUGGCCAA